GGUCAUUAGUUCCAUAAACCAAACACCUAAAUCGCCCCCUCCAUUCCCACUACUUUCAAAACUCCUCUCUCUCUCUCUUGCAAAAUGGCCGUGCUAGGGGACUCUCUGUUUCUCUCUCUAAAAUCCAAAACAAACGCGAGUGGUGCGGCGGAGGCAAUGGAGGAGGAUCAGAAGAAGCAGGGGAGGAGGGCCAAGACGAAGAUAGUGUGCACGUUGGGUCCUGCCUCGAGGUCUGUGGAGAUGGUAGAGAAGCUCUUGAAGGCUGGAAUGAACGUCGCCCGGUUUAACUUUUCGCACGGAUCUCACUCCUACCACCAGGAGACCCUCGACAACCUCCGUGCCGCCGUUCUCAACACCGGCAUUAUGUGUGCUGUCAUGCUUGAUACUAAGGGUCCAGAGAUACGAACUGGGUUCCUAAAGGAUGGGAAGCCCAUUCAACUGAAUCAGGGUCAAGAGAUCACCAUCUCCACAGACUACACCAUACAGGGAGAUGACAACAUGAUCUCAAUGAGCUAUAAAAAGCUAGCCGAGGACUUGAAGCCCCAGAGUGUGAUUCUGUGUUCUGAUGGGACCAUCUCUCUCACGGUUCUUGAAUGUGACAAGGAGUUGGGUUUGGUUCGAUGUCGUUGUGAGAACUCUGCAGUUUUGGGAGAGAGGAAGAAUGUCAAUCUCCCGGGGGUGGUUGUGGAUCUCCCAACCUUGACUGAGAAAGACAAAGAAGAUAUCUUAGGCUGGGGGGUUCCCAAUAAGAUCGACAUGAUUGCUUUGUCGUUUGUUCGCAAAGGUUCAGACCUUGUCGAGGUUCGAAAGCUUCUAGGGGACCAUGCAAAGACUAUCCUCCUCAUGUCUAAGGUUGAAAAUCAAGAAGGGGUGGCCAAUUUCGAUGAAAUCCUUGCAAACUCAGAUGCUUUUAUGGUUGCACGGGGUGAUUUGGGUAUGGAGAUUCCAAUCGAAAAGAUAUUCCUGGCACAGAAAGUGAUGAUAUACAAGUGCAACAUCCAAGGGAAACCUGUGGUGACUGCAACUCAAAUGUUGGAGUCGAUGAUCAAGUCUCCUCGACCAACCAGAGCUGAAGCCACAGAUGUAGCCAAUGCAGUUAUUGACGGCACUGACUGCGUAAUGCUUAGUGGUGAAACAGCUGCAGGGGCAUACCCAGAACUUGCUGUCCAAACCAUGUCCAAAAUUUGCAUAGAAGCUGAGGAUUCACUAAACUACAAAGAUGUUUUCAAAAGAAUAAUGGAAACUUCACCUAUGCCUAUGAGUCCUAUGGAGAGCAUAGCUUCAAUGGCAGUGCAAACUGCCAACUGCUCAAAAGCAACUUUGAUUGUGGUUCUAACCAGAGGAGGAAGCACUGCAAAACUUGUUUCUAAGUACAGACCAAGUGUGCCAAUUCUGUCAGUGGUGGUGCCGGAGAUUAAAACGGGUUCUUUUGAUUCAUUUUCCCGCAAUGAGGCUCCGGCUAGGCAUAGUCUUAUAUACAGGGGUUUGGUUCCUGUUUUGAGUUGUGGGUCGUCCAAAGCUUCUGAAAGUGAGUCGACUGACGAGGCACUUGAGUUUGCAAUUCAACAUGCGAAAAGUAAAGGGCUUUGCAAGCCUGGUGAUGCGGUUGUGGCAUUGCACCGCAUUGAAACUGCUUUGGUGUUCAAGAUAUUAACUGUCAAUUGAUCUUAGAGCAAGAUUUCGCAUUUGGGGGCAUCAUUUUUGGUAAAUCUAGCUUGCUGAGUUUCAAUACUUCUAGCUUGGUAAGAAUAUAAACUAUGUAAUUGAGCUGAAUUAGAGCUCGAGUUUUGAGUUCAAACUACCUUGACAGUUAUUCUUCAUUUUUGUUAAUUACUUCGAGAGAGUCUUACGGUAUUUCAAAUGCAGUUUUUGACGUUAUGCUUGUUUUAGCUCA